AUGCCCAAGACCACAGCCCGGUCGCGCGACACCACCACCAGAAGCCCAUCCCGCGAUACAGACACCACCGAUACAGACGCCAUGGGGACGAAGCUCUCGCCCGCGCUCAAGGCGCUCAUCAAUGCGCCGUUUGCAAAGCCCGGUCCAUGUUCGGCGCCCUCCAAGAUCCGCGACGUCUACUCGCGGAUCGCGCAGGACGCCGCCACCCAUAAACUCGGCCAGCGUCCGUGGCUGAUAAUCUCGGCCGCCGCCACAUUCACCCUCAACUCGCCCGACUCGCUGCCCAUCCUCCACAGCGUCGCCUCCUCGUCCACCUCGUCCGCCGAGCUCAUCCGCGAGGUCGGCCUCAAGUGCAUCUCCUUCAACGGCAUCCCGCGCACCAUCAACUGCCUCAACGCCUUCCACGCCGCCCUCCCCGCCGCCGUCACCUCCCAGCUCAGCACCACGCCCUCCCGCGCGCCUUCCGAAGCCACCCUUGGCGCCACAACCGCCCGCGGCCGCGCCCUCUGGGACUCGGUCUACGCGCCGUUCGAGACCAAGCUCUACGCCAAGCUCGCCCGCGCGCACCCGGACCUGCCCGUGCACAUCCUCCACAGCCACUACGCCGCGCUGCUGGCCGACCCGCCCGCCGGGGAGCGCGGCGGCCUGCCGAGCCUGGGGCGCGUCAUGACGAGCGUCGUCGCGAUUGCGUGCCUGCGCGCGCAGACGGGCGUCGGCCCGCAGGUGCUGUCGCACGUGUUUGGGCUGCGGAAGGCCCUGCAGGACGGCACGUACGAGCAGGACGGGCUCGACGCCGAGGAGCUCGCGGCGGCAAGGUGGCUGGCGGGCGACGAGGGCAGCGAGUGGAUUCUCAAGUCGGUGGACGACAUCUCGGCGGCGCUGGGCGGGAGCAACUUUGCGCAGCCGAGAGAAUCGAAGCUGUGA